CCCUGCCAGAGAAGGAAUGCAAUGGGACCGAGUUUUUGGAUAUCGCCGGUGAUGCUUAUUUCCAAUUGGCUUUUUUUUUCUAUUAUUAUUAUUAAUCUUAUGGGGAUCUACAUAUCCCCUGAUGUCACUCUGUUUAGAGAACAUUCUUACUUGUACUACUGUCAAAGACGCUCGCUUGUACUUUUCAGAACAACAACCACCCCCACUUUUUUAGUUAUGCAUUUUCUUUUUUUUUUUAUUAUAUGAUGCACUACAUAAUUUACGCAUGAAUACGCUCUCGCUAAUAUUUUGCUCAUUCUUCCUGCCUUGUAUUUACAGCUGCUCGAGCGACCAAAUAUUUCCUUGCGUAGACCAAAUUAUUACAUAUAGGAGUUUUUACAUCCGUUACACAUGUCCCCUCUACUAUCUUCACUCCUUUGGUAGACCAAACUUCUCCCCACACCAAUUUCAGAUUUUUCUUACA